AGUCUCACGGAGACUACAACUCCCAGAAUGCCGAGCGAGCCCCCGGCGACGCUUUAAAGCAGAGAUUCUGGCCCCGGCUGGUCAGUCAGAUUAGGCGCAAGCGAGAGCUGUGUUUUGCGUAGUUUUUUCCGAGGGGAGCAAGGGAAAAGGGUUAGCCAUGUCGUCUUUGGUCAGAAGGGUGAUCAGCACCGCGAAGGCCCCCGCGGCCAUUGGUCCCUACAGUCAGGCUGUGUUAGUCGACAGGACCAUUUACAUUUCAGGACAGCUAGGCAUGGACCCUGCAAGUGGACAGCUUGUGCCAGGAGGGGUGGCAGAAGAGGCUAAACAAGCUCUUAAAAACAUCGGUGAGAUUCUGAAAGCAGCAGGCUGUGACUUCACAAAUGUGGUAAAAGCAACUGUUUUGCUGGCUGACAUAAAUGACUUCAGUACUGUCAACGAUGUCUACAAACAGUCUUUGCUCAGCCUCUUUGUGCCUCAGUUUCACCAUCUGUAGAGUGGGAACAGGGGUGGCUGAACUGUCGUGAGGAUUACACGAGUUAACACCUGGAAAGCCACCAGCACAGUGACUGCACCCCCUGAGCAUCAGUCAAGUCAGCCAUCGUGAGCAUUACACUUCACUCGGCAGCCCCAGCAAGGAAGAGGUCCCGGCGGACACAAAGAAAAGGAAGGUCAUUACAUGCAUCCUAAUCCUACUACCUUUCUCUGAGCCCAUUCAGAAAGGACGGAAGAUCAGAGUAAAUAAGUGAAAAGGGCUGGAAAACAAAUGCUUGUUUCAAACCAUCUCUCAGAGAACACCACAAAAAAGACAACGGUGACCACCGCACUUCCUUUCUUAUCCUUGGGAAGGUUUUUAUCCCCAGCUGCUGACAAAGGACACGUUUUGGACCUGUUCGUCCUCCUUCCUCUUCAGCUGGAGCCGGGCGUUCCAGACUGUUCUGCUGUUGAGUGUGAUCCUCACCCAUCAUUUACUUAACCAUGCAAUUCAAACUCUCCGGGUCUCAGUUUCCUUACAUGAUCUUUGCCUUUCAGGAUUGCCAGGAUAAUUGAUAAUUCUGAGGGGUUAUAUGUGUCAUUACCCAACGUGGUAUGAGACAUAAGAAGGUACUCAGUAAACAGGGGAUAAAGCCAAUGGCUCUGCAGGUUUCUCACUGCAUGGGGGUGUCCUGCUGAAGGGGCAAGGGAGGCCUGAACCCCAGUUGUGUGCACUGGCAAGGGUGCAGACCUCAGGGGUGGGAAGGGCAGCUUUUUCUAAUUUCAUAAAGGUCAUCUGUGAGCUACUGAUGGCCCUGUCAAUCAAUUAAAGAUAAUUUUGCAACAGAAAGAAUGAACUGCAACAUUAAAGAGCCCGGAUAAACAGUCCCCUAAACACUAUAAAGCUGUCACUGUUGACCUAUAAAAUACUGUUGCUACCAUGGUAAGUUUUAAAUCAGAUUGUUGACAGAUAAUGGAGUAGUAUUCGAGUCAGCCGUGAUUUGACCGGACUUGACUGGUAUCAAUAAAGGCCAAUGUUAGCUUUUAUAUAAA